UUUGUAGGUGGGGGGAGGGGUCCACCCCUAUAAGAGCGAGUGCCAGCAUCCUCCACGUCGUCACAAACCCACGGCGCAAGGAGAGGAAACGUAACAUCACACUGACAGCCCGCACCCGACGGACCCCUGAGGACUCUCACCCAGCACGGACGGUGAGACCAUGAAGACGAUGGUGGCGCUGCUGCUGCUUUGUGUGUGUGACGCCGCACACGCCGACUGUCAGGAUGACUGCUUGUCCUGCAGCCAACUCCUGCCCAAGCAGCUCACAUUCAACACCAUGGAGUGUCUCCUUGAGUGUGAAGCCAACGCCUCCCCAGCAUCCUCUUGGGACGCCUGCCGCGGCUCCUUGUCUCUUUCAUCGAUGCCCAAAAGGUCUCAGGAGGAGGUGGAGGCGUUCUUUCCUGCAGAGGACGAGGAAGAGGCGGAGGAGGAAGGGGAGACGCUGCCUUGGACCUUGCCGAGGUUCCAUCACUUGACCCGGGCGCUCGGGCUGGACGAGCGGGCGGCGGGUGGCGACGAUACCCACGCCGCUCCGUCCCUGGAGUACGAGUACGAGGACUCUGACGACGACAAGGCCGCGAACGGCAUCUCCAAGAGGUUCGGCGGCUUCGUCAAGGGGAGGCACGGCUACAGGAAGCUGAUGGCUCCGGCCAGGUCGUACCAGAAGCGGUACGGCGGCUUCAUCGGCAUCCGGAAGUCGGCGCGCAAGUGGAACAACCAAAAACGAUUCAGCGAGUUCCUGAAACAGUACCUGGGCAUGAGCGCCCGCGCCACAGAGUACAACAGCGUGUCGGAGGAGCUCAGCCAACAGAACGAAGUGUAGUUCAGCUCCGCAGCUCCGCUCUCUACUCGUUUCCUCUCGGCUUCUUCUCCAUCUUUGUCUCUUCUUCUCCUUUUCCUGCCUGAACCUGAUUUGCUUAUCACAUCUCCAUAUUGCUUUAUAUCCACCACACAUAUCCGCACGUGUAUCCAUACUUCGCUAUGACUACAACACACCGGGAACAGUCGCCAUUCCGUAUUCACUAUCCCAUUUUUUUACAUGUUCUUUAUAGAGAAUGCAGUUUUCGUACUCAAAUAGAGGAUCUUUGACUAGCAUUUUUGCAGGGAGUGAUCCAGGAGGAUAUAGAGGAUCUUUGACAAGAGAUUUUUCUUUUUUUGCAACCAAACUAUACGUCGUCAUAUGUACAAGAAUGAGGCAUAGGGCCCCCCCGCCACACGGCAGAGAAAGGACAGCGAGAGUCGGCAGGAGCAGAAAUAAGGCAUACAGACACAGGUGCGAUAAAGUCACUAUUAUCUAUGAAAUAUAUCACAUAACUGAAAUGGUACGGUGGUCUAGUGGUUAGCGCGCAGACCUCACAGCUAGGAGAGCCAGGGUUCAAUUCCACCCUCGGGCAUCUCUGUGUGGAGUUUGUUCUCCCCGUGCAUGCGUGGGUUUUCUCCGGGUACUCCGGUUUCCUCCCACAUUCCAAAAAAAACAUGCUAGGUUAAUUAGCGACUCCAAAUUGUCCAUAGGUAUGAAUGUGAGUGUGAAUGGUUGUUUGUCUAUAUGUGCCCUGUGAUUGGCUGGCCACCAGUCCAGGGUGUACCCCGCCUCUCGCCCCAACAAGACAGCUGGGAUAGGCUCCAGCAUACCCAAAACCUUAGUGAGGAUAAGCGGUAGAAAAUGAAUGAAUGUUUACAACCGGGAUGAGUGAUUAGCGUGCAGGCCACACAGCUAGAACACCCGAGUUCAAUUCCACCCUCUGUGUGGAGUUUGCAUGUUCUCCCCGGUGCAUGCAUGGGUUUUCUCCGGGUACUCCGGUUUCCUCCCACAUUCCAAAAAAAACAUGCUAGGUUAAUUAGCGACUCCAAAUUGUCCAUAGGUAUGAAUGUGAGUGUGAAUGGUUGUUUGUCUAUAUGUGCUCUGUGAUUGGCUGGCGACCAGUCCAGGGUGUACCCCGCCUCUCGCACGAACACAGCUGGGAUAUUUGGUAAGAACAACUCGGGGAAGUCGGUAUCACGUGAUGUUGGUGUUUAUGUUUUACUGGGCAUGCCCUAUUGACUAUUCUGGUUGAUUAUAGCGACGCAUGUAGACAAGAGAUUGGAAUAUUCCUUUCCAUGUAUAAGAUUUGUUUCCGGAAAAGUCAUUCGGAAAGAGAAAAACUCAUAAACUACAUAAACUACAUCCGGGUACUCCGGUUUCCUCCCACAUUCCAAAAACAUGCUAGGUUAAUUGGCCUAGCAACACCUAGCUCGUUGGUGGCAACACCUAGCUCGUUCCUCCUAUAGACUUAGUGAUGUUUUCCAAUGUAAAAAAAAAAAACGUGCCGUGGCUCAAAAAAGGUUGAAAAACACUGAUCGAUGAAAUAUAUCACAUAACAAACACCGUACCACAUUGCCACUCAUGCAACAUGGCCGCUUGCGGCAUCAUUUCCUGCACUAUGCUAUCCCCUGGUGGUAGAACAAUCAUCACCGUCAUAUGGCUUUUCUUCUUUGUGAUUAGUGGCAAACGGAUGUAAACGCCCGCUAAAAGGCGUUUAUUCACUACUAAGUCAAAGAGUGAGGAGGUUUUAAUUCCAGCAAUCAUGAGGAAAUGUGUUUGCUAUUUUGAACUGUCACCCGUGGUUCAUUGUGUGUGUAAAUAGCUCAUCAGUAAUAAAUCUAGUUUAUUAUUUCCUUUGUGGCUUGUCAUGCAGCAAAUGAUUCAUGUGUCUUGGGGUGUGUUUUUGUUCUCGCUUUAAAAAGAACUUUCUCUCAGUAAGCUGCCCUGAUUG